AGCUGGUUGGGGGCCAAACCAAUAAAUGGAGAGGGGUCCCUCCCCCCCAUAUUAUUGGUGAAUAAGCCAAAAAGGCUAUCCCCUCACCCAACAACCCAUAUGCUCGGCCAACCCAUUCAAAGAAGAGAGUUAAGCUCUGGAAAUACUCCAUAUUCAUCUGCCAUAUACGCAUUGGAGCUAAGGAGGAAGAAGGAGGAGAAAAGAGAAGGAAAAGUUGGUUUUGGAGAGGAAAACUUGUGUUUAGCAAGGUAUUCAAGGAACUUUCACGGAGUUGAAAGAGUCGCCGGAGUUGUCGCCGGAGUUCGUUGAAGUUCGCCGGAGUUUCGCCGGAGCUAAAUCGGGAAGGCUAGAACUUCAUAAGCUUCAUUAAGGUGAGAAGACGGCUUUAUGCUUUAUAACUUUUGCGUGAGGCAUGAGAUUACCUAAAGUAAUCAAGGAUAUGUUUUGUGGAAUGAUUAAAGAUAAUCAAGUAUUUGCUUAUGCCAUGAUUUUGCAUAAAACAUAGUUAAAAAGCAUGUUAUGUACGUUUGGUGAUUAAAAAUGUGGUAACAUAUUUUGUGUGAUGAUCCAGGGAUCCAAAAUGGUAUUUUUGGAUCAAGGACAUCAAGAAGUAUGUGUGUAUAAAAUUUCAAGUUAAUCGGACUCCGUUUGGGGGGUCAAAAGGGGCGUUGACUGCCAAGUCAACUGCCAUACCCAACCGGGUAUUGACACAUACCCGACCGGGUAUUUGCUGAAAAAUUGCCCAGGGGGCUACUGUCUCCUAUACCCGAUCGAGUAUAGGUAUAUACUCGAUCGAGUAUACAUGGAAAAUUAGCUUUGGGGGCUACCGCCUCCUGUACUCGACCGAGUAUGGGUAGAUACUCGAUCGAGUAUUGUUUUAUGCUCAAACGGGCAGUUUUGAGCGGGUUUAUGUGGGCCGUUCAGGUGGGACCCGCCCACAUUGGUUCCUAAGGAUGGUUAUAUGACUAUAGGGCUAGGUAUUGUCCAUAGUUGAAGGAACGAAAGGUUAGCCAUAUCCAGGUUAGGGUUUGGUAAGGAUUUAGUUUGGGGUUGAGCAUCCCCGAGACUAUAAAUGAUCCUGAAACUCGGUUGGGGUUGAGCAUCCCCGGGACAUUAAAUGAUUCUGAAACUCGGUUGGGGUUGAGCAUCCCCGGGACUAUACAUGAUCCUGAAACUCGGUUGGGGUUGAGCAUCCCCGGGACUGCAAAUGAUCCUGAAACUCGGUUGGGGUUGAGCAUCCCCGGAACAUUUAAUGAUCCUGAAACUCGGUUGGGGUUGAGUAUCCCCGGGAUGCUAAGUGCUCCCAAAACUCGGUAGGAUAUUAUAAAUGUAGAAUGUUGCUAGCGAGCUAGGCAUUCGGGAAAAGGGUGAGAAAGUUCAGGUAAGAACUUUAUCUCUAAAAGACUCUUUGAAUGAAAUGACCUACGGGUCGAGUAUUUUACAUAUAUAUAUAUAUAGUAUGUAUCAUCGGAUGAAUGAGUCACAUAUAUAUAUGUAUCACCCUAUUUUUGGGUCUCGUGUCUGAAACAUUAGUUAUUCUUCAUAUAGCCUGCUUGUCACUAGUACUUCUAUGGAGUACUGACCCCUCCGGGGGCCCUCACAUUUUUCAGGUUGAGGCUAGAGUCCUACUGCCUGCACCUUUGCCUAGGGUGAUUGAUCGAGAAGGAAGACGUGGUUCGUGCUUCCAUUCUUAUUUCAAAUGUAUAAACCGCUCAUGGAUUUUUGAACAAUAUUUUCAUUACAACAGUUGGGGGCCUGCGUGCCCGUGUUUGCCACGUGUGGCAAGUAUCAAACAUUUUAUUAUUUCCGCAUUUGUUUGAUUAUGAUAUUGAUGUUGAUUGUAUGUGUUUACUAAUCGGUUUGGCAAUAGAAUCAAUCGGACGCCUUGUACAAUCCAAUAGGGAUGAACUGUUGUUGUUCUUAUCGGGUUGUACGGCGGUUGUCUACGUGGCUCGGAUGCGAUCCGGGGCGUGACAGGAAGCACCCCUAUCCUGCACCAGGAGCAGCAACCGCACCAACACCAUCAGCCGCAAGGGGUGUGUAUCAUCCGAUACCAAACAAUGCUCCGUCGAGUAAAUCUGUCAUGUCCAUUUUAAACAUUAAUGCUAAAUCUAUCUACUUCUGGUACUCACUAUCAUUAUGCAGGUUUUCCGUCAACUGAGAGUAUUCUUGGUUCAGUCCCUCCUCC